CUUGUGGAGGCGCCGGGGUCCAGCCGAAGCCAGCAUGGCGGCCGAGCGCAAGACAAAGUUGUCCAAGAACCUGCUGCGCAUGAAGUUCAUGCAGAGGGGACUGGAUUCGGAAACCAAGAAACAACUAGAAGAGGAAGAAAAGAAAAUCAUUAGCGAAGAGCACUGGUACUUGGAUUUGCCAGAGCUUAAAGAGAAGGAGAGUUUCAUAAUAGAAGAGCAGAGUUUCUUGUUAUGUGAAGAUCUUCUCUAUGGAAGAAUGUCAUUCAGAGGAUUUAAUCCUGAGGUUGAGAAAUUAAUGCUUCAGAUGAAUGCUAAGAACAAAGCAGAAGAAGUUGAAGAUGAAACAGUGGAGCUUGACGUGUCAGAUGAAGAAAUGGCUAGAAGAUACGAGACCUUGGUGGGGACAAUUGGAAAAAAAUUUGCCAAAAAAAGAGACCGUGCCAAUUACGAAGAUGAAAAUGGAGACAUAAAACCAAUGAAAGCAAUGAAGACAUUCUUAAAGCCCCAAGAUUAAAAUGGAUUUGUGAGAUAUGGCUCAGGGAUACCUUGUGAGAGUUAUCCUAUUUUGGAACUCAUUCCGAUGGUUUCUCUACAGUUAUUGAUUUUGUAAUGUUUAUUUAUAAUGUUUAUUGUAAAGAAAUGUAUAAUUUUGGUAGCAUGCUGUUUUUGAAACAGAUGUGUGAUGGAUGUUAUACAUCCUUUGCUUAGUUGUAUUCAUCAAGAGUGGAUUUUUAGCCCUUGAUUUUCAAAUGCACAUAGAUACAUGGUUUCUUCCGAAAGAUUUUUUUGACCUCACAUUUUAAAAAAAUAUAUAUCUCUAGCAACUGACCUUGAAUUGACUCAUAAAUUCAUACAAGUUUAAAUUGUCCUUGUGUACACAUUUUACUUUGAAUUAUUAAUCAUAUCAAGCCAAUUUAUACAUACAUUUUGGAAUCAAAUGUUAGGAGAGUUUAUGUGUAAAUUCUUCAAAAACAAACACCUCUCCAGCCUGAAGUAUUUGCAUGCCACCAAGGCAUUGUCAGUUUGUGGAGUUACAUUUUGUUCUUUUUUUUUUUUUUGUAUAAAGCCUUUUAUUAAUAAAAUAAUUAUUGUUCUGUAAUAAA